CUGCAGGGUGGCCAGGCAUUGGUUUGUUCUCAGUGGAAUAAUCCAGGGGACAAUGGAUUGUUCCAGGAUGGAGAUGUAAUAAUCGGUGGACUCUUUAAUCUCCGUUUCCGUCCUCCAGCUCUGAAUCAAGACUUCACUCUGCGAUCAGACUACAAACCGUGCACUGGUUUGGAAAAUCUCCCAUUGCAAUACAUUUAUGCGAUGGUGUUUGCAGUGGAGGAAAUCAAUCGCAGUAAAACUUUGCUGCCUGGUGUAAAGCUGGGUUACCAUAUCCGUGACAGCUGUGCUCUCCCUCCGUGGGCUAUUCAGGCAGCUCUGUCUCUGGUUGGAGGAGACAGCAUCAGCUGUGAUGCAGCAGCUCUGCCCAGCAACAUUGAGGAGCAUUUUGAAAAAAGAGGUGCAGGACACCAGUCUGUUCCUCUGAUCAUUGGAGGCUCCUCAUCCAAAAAUGCUCAGAUACUCUCAAGAAUCCUGGCACCGCUCUCUGUACCAUUAAUGAGCUACACGGCCAGCUGUCCCUGUCUGAGUGACAGACUCCAGUUUCCUAACUUCUUCAGAACAAUGGCCAGUGACAUUUAUCAGGCACGGGCUAUUGCCCAACUUGCUAUUCGCUUUAAGUGGACCUGGAUUGGAGCUGUGAUAGCAAACAAUGACUAUGGCUACAUGGCAGUUAAGGUAUUUCAGGAGGAGAUUCAGGGAGCAGAGGUGUGUCUUGCAUUUGUCGCAACUCUUGAAAGAGAAAACAUUGGGAGAAAUGCCAGACGAGCCGCACUUGCUAUUCAAGCUUCCACUGCCAGAGUGAUUUUAGUAUUUUCCUGGUAUACAGACGUGAGAGAACUGUUUCUGCAGCUGGACAAGCUAAAUGUCACUGACAGACUGUUUCUGGCCAGUGAGGCCUGGAGCACCAGUGGAAACCUUCUCCAAAACCCAGUCUCCAGAAAAGUAGCAGGCGGAGUUCUUGGUGUUGCAAUUCGGAGCGCACCUGUACCUGGAUUUGAACAUUUUCUCAGAAGUCUGAACCCAUCUCAUCGUCCCCACGACGAGUUUUUGCAUGAAUUCUGGGAGAAGGAGUUUGGUUGCAGUCCAUCCAUAAAUGCUUCUUCAAAUGAAUUCCCUGCAAACAGUUCACCAGAGAAAACUUCUCUGCCACCAUGCAGCGGCACUGAGUCCCUGGAGGAAGUGCAGAAUCUCUUCACAGACACCUCUCAGUUGAGGGUGACCUAUAAUGUGUAUCUUGCCGUUUACGCUGCGGCUCAUGCACUUCACAGCCUUCUCUCAUGCUCCAAUGGAGAGAGCUCUUCUGGACAAAACAUCUCUGCCUGUUACUCUCCAAAACACAUCAAGCCUAGAAAGCUCAUGGAGCACCUGAACAGAGUAAACUUCACCACACCACAAGGGGAAGUGUUUUACUUCCAAGGGGCGGACGUUCCCGCAAAGUACGACCUUGUCAAUUGGCAGAAAACUGCUGAUGGGAAAUUGAAAAUGGUUUUGAUUGGACGUGUGGAUGGAUUUGACCUUCACCUCAAUGAGUCAGCGAUUCAGUGGAACACAGGAUCCAAUCAGGUUCCUGUUUCGGUGUGCAGUGAAAGCUGUCCUCCAGGCACUCGGAAGGCAAACAGGAAAGGAGAACCCAUCUGCUGCUUUGACUGCAUCCCAUGUGCUGAUGGAGAAAUUAGCAAUACAACCGGCUCCCUCCACUGUGAGCGGUGUCCACCUGAGUUCUGGUCGAAUGCUGAACGAACGACCUGCAUCCCACGUCAGCUGGAUUUCCUCUCCUUUGAGGAAACCCUGGGCAUCACCCUCACUGCUCUGGCUGUUUCUGGUGUCACAGUCACAACUGCUGUGUUUAUGGUGUUCAUUCAUUUCCGUCAAACUCCGAUGGUACGAGCCAACAACUCAGAGCUGAGCUUCCUGCUGCUCGUGUCGCUCAAACUCUGCUUCCUCUGCUCGCUGAUGUUCAUCGGUCGUCCGUCUGUCUGGUCCUGUCGGUUCCAGCAGGCCGCCUUUGGGAUCAGCUUUGUUCUUUGUGUAUCUUGCCUCCAAGUGAAGACCAUCGUGGUUCUGGCUGCUUUCCGCUCAGCUCGUCCCGGCGCUGAAGCUUUGAUGAAGUGGUUUGGGCCAAGUCAGCAGCGGGGGAGUGUAUGCUUUUUCAGUUGUAUACAGAUUAUCAUCUGUAUUAUUUGGCUUUCGCUCAGCCCCCCGGUUCCUCAGCCUGACUUGGACAUCCCAGGCUUAAAGGUAACCCUGAAGUGUAACAUGUCCUCUGUGGUGGGUUUCUCACUGGUCCUGGGCUACAUUGGUCUUCUGGGUUGCAUCAGUCUCCUUUUGGCUUUUCUUGCCCGGAAACUUCCCGACAACUUCAACGAGGCCAAGCUCAUCACCUUCAGCAUGCUGAUUUUCUGCGCCGUUUGGGUGGCCUUUGUUCCCGCUUACAUCAGCUCUCCUGGGAAGUAUGCAGUGGCGGUGGAGAUUUUUGCCAUCUUGGCUUCCAGCUAUGGAUUACUGCUCUGUAUUUUUGCUCCCAAGUGUUUCAUCAUCCUAUUGAGGCCUGAAAAAAACACUAAGAAACAUUUGAUGGCCAGGUAG